AAGCGCCAGAAUCUCAACAAGAACAUCGGUGGAAUUAAUCUAUACACGCGUUCGCGGCGACACAUACAGACUCAUCUUCAGACCGAAUAUCAUCCGAACCAAUAUGGCCGACGCACGAGCUCUUUUGCGACAACAGCGCGCAGCACGGCAACAGGCGCAAAAGCCCCAAAAGCAAUCGGCAGCUCCUGCGACUGCACCCACGUCCAAAAAGCGCAAAGCUGCGGAUGACACGGUCGAGGAGAGGAAACGCACGCGAACAGAGGAGGAGGCCGGUGUGCCAGCAGGUUUCUUCGAUGCUGGGGCUGCGAAAAAUGAGGAAGAGGUCGCGCCGGAAGCCACAGCCCAGGAGAGCGCGCCAAUACAAGACACCAAGCCAUCAGAACCACCAAAGCCGGCUGAGCCGCCACUCGAUGCUACAGCUCAAGCGGAGCUCGAUGCCUUCUUGAACGAGAUGAACGCUGCGAAACCCGCGUCACCUCCGCCCACCAAAAUAGCCUACUCGGGCGCUGUCAUUGAAGCUGCGCCCAUGACAGCCGCAGAGAUCGCCGCACAAGCGCGUGAGGACCAGAGUGCACAACGGGCGAAACGGGAUGAGGAGAUGGAGGGCGAGAAGGAAGAUGCUGCGCGGGCACUGGAAGAUGAAUUCGAGGAGAUGGAAGGCCUCGAAGAGAGAGUCAAGCGGCUACGCGAACAGAGGGAGGCCCUUCGCUCUACCUCUGGUGGGAUAAUCAAGGUAGAGGACGAUGGUGUCAAACCAGCUCCUUCCGCUGAAGAAGACGGAGAGAGCGAGUCUGACGACGACGAGGACUGGGACGACUGGAGAUUUCGUCCCGCCUGAGUCCUAUAACUGCAUUGCAUACAGCAAGCUUUCUGGCGGUCGACGCAUGUAACAUACUGUAGCAUACCACCAUUGUGAUACCCGGGGUCAGGAGUUCCCAAGCAUCAAGCAUUCAGUCCUAGCAGGGUUGUCCUUGUCGGUCGAAUACGACUUUACAUAGAAGCGAUGAACUAUUCUGCUUUUCAUACAUGAUAAUCCAAGACACACACCAUUCCACCGAAAAGCAAGCCCCUGGCAUGUGAGAUGGCGGUACCGAAUGCCAAGCCGAGCGUCAUGGGUGAGAAACAUCAAACGGUUGG